CUUUUGGUGAAUCACUUAGAUUUAUUUGACUGAUUCAAAAUUUCUGCUAUGUAAUAGUAUCAAUGAAAUAUUUCAAUUGGAAUUGGCCUUAGUUCUAUCUGAUUUCUAUAUCCUAUAAAUUAUAUCUUUUGCUUCUUGUUUGUCGCCGAAACAACAAGCCGUGUCUGUCUCGGCCGAGUGCCUUAAAAUCUUAGCGUUGAGAAACUGUAGGACGGUACCAGCGGACGGCACUCAGCCGCGGCUAAAUCGACCACGCUCUAUAUACCUAGUUGGAGUAGCAAACUUGAAUGCCACACCGAGAAUUCACUGAAACAACAUUGGAACCUCGACGGCAGCACAAGGCAAUCUCGUAUGGGUAUAAUGACUGUGUCAGAUCUUUAAGCACCCAGACCUUCGACGCUUCCUAAGCAAAAGUCUCGGGUGCUUAAUAAGAGCCUCCCGGCACUCUUCGUGCUGCGUAGCAUCGACUACCACCCUAUAUAUCCCAUAGGUAUACUUCACAAGAACCCAAGAGCCUUGUGCUCUCGACCAACUCUCGCCAAACCAGCGGUACCCAGACGCUAAUUCAAAUUCAUCAACCGAACCACCCAGUCAACCAUGUCGCCCUUCCCCUUCCACAUAAAAGAGCACGUCAUCCCCUCGCAGCACGUGCGCGAGUACCCGCGCGCGACCUCGCGCUCGCAGGAGGACGUGCUCUACAUCAGUAUCAAGCAGUACGUGCCCAUCGACAACCCUAGCCCGCAGCCGGGCGACGUGACCAUCAUCGGCGCGCACGCGAACGGCUUUCCGAAGGAGCUGUACGAGCCGCUGUGGGCGGACCUGCACGCGCAGUCCCUAGCCUCGCAAAGAGAAGACGGCGAGGGCAGUCGGGGCUUCCGCAUCCGCGGGAUCUGGAUAGCGGACGUGACGAACCAGGGGUACAGCGGUGUCGUGAACGAGGACGUGCUCGGCAACGACCCGUCCUGGCACGACCACGCGCGCGACCUGCUGCACAUGACCAACGUCUUCCGCGCCGAGAUGCCGCGCCCUUUGAUCGGCGUCGGCCACAGCUUCGGCGCCGCCACCCUGACCAAGCUCUCCCUGCUGCACCCGCGGCUCCUGACCACCCUGGUCCUGCUCGACCCCACCAUAACCACCUUCUCCUUCCAGCGCGACGGCCCGGGCAAGUCCGCCGCCCGCGCCUCCGCCUUCCGGCGCGAGACCUGGCCCACCGUCGACGCGGCCGUCGAGUCCUUCAACAAGUCCUCCUUCUACCGGACCUGGGACCCGCGCGUGCUCGCGGCGUGGAGCACGCACGCCGUGCGCCCGACCCCGACCGCGGUCUUCCCCUCCACCUCGCCCGCCGCCGACAAAGCCACCCUGCGGACGACCAAGCACCAGGAAGUCUUCACCUUCUUCCGGCCCCUCUGGCCGUACGUCGACAAGCAGACCCGCACCAUCGACCGCGUCGGCGCGCCGGACUUCGACCCGGAGAUGCAGGAUAAGCUGACGCUGACCCCCGAGAUCUUUCCCUUCUACCGCUCCGAAGGUCCGGAUAUCCUAAAGCACUUGCCCGAGGUGCGGCCUUCCGUGCUCUGGGUCUUCGGCGGCGAUAGCGAGCUCGGUACUCCAGAGGCGCGGAAGCUGAAGACCGAGGCGUGCGGUUCGGGCGGCGGGGGCUCUGGCGGGAUUGCCGAGGGUCGCGUAGAUUCGGUCGUUAUGGAAGGGAGGGGACAUUUAUUCCCCAUGGAGAUUCCCGCCGAGUGCGCGCGCCAUGCUGCUGUCUGGAUAGGGAAGGAGAUGAAGCGGUGGCGGGAGCAGGAGCGUGAGUAUGAGCAAUGGACUAGAUUACCGGUUCGAGAGAAGAUUACGCUGAGUGAGAAAUUCCUCGAUAAUGUCGGUCGGCCACCAACGAGGAAGGGGAAUAAGGGGAACGGGUCUGUAGUGGGCACGGAGUCUAAGUUAUAGAAACAACUACGUAGGAAGGAUGCUCCAUACAUAUCAUUAUCAUGUAUAAGACACAUGCACAAUCUAAUUCAGCAAAU